CCGCAGUUCCACCCAGCGGGAGAGCCCAGGGGAGCAGCAGCGCCGGGACGCGGUGCGCCCUGAGCGCCCUCCAAGGUAAACUGCAGUCACCUGAGAUUUAGCUAGCUGACACUGGAUGUCACCAUUGUGCUGUGUAAUGUGGAUGCAGAACAGGGAAGCCAGCGUUAUUGUGAUGAAAACACCCUUGAACUUGGUGUCUAAAAGAUAGAGGUUUGAAUUUCAGCAAUCUUCGUUUUACUGCGAUUUUUCACCAGAAAUCACAAUGACAACAGUAACAGUGACCCCAGAGACCCCCUCAAGGUGCAAGACAGAAGAUGAUUCUUCCUCGUAUGGGCCCACGUCAGCUCACAUAAUUGAAGAAACUGAAUAUGUGAAAAUGAUUCGAAGUACUCUGGAAAAGAUCCGAAAUCAAAUGUUUAAAGAUGAGGCAGGACCCAACAGUACAAAGCACAAACUAGGUGCAAAGUGCUGUGGGAACAUCCAAAACGGCUCUGUCUCUGAAGUGGACCCCUCGUGUUGCAGCCUGAAUCUGCUCAUGGGAAGAAUGAAAGGCAGAGACCUACAGCUCUUAGAAAUGAACAAGGAGAAUGAAGUAUUGAAAAUCAAGCUGGAAGCCUCCAGAGAAGCGGGGGCAGCAGUUCUGAGAAACGUGGCCCAGAGAUUAUUUGAAAUCUACGAAACACAGUCUGAAGAAGUUAAAAAGAAGCAUGAAGACAGUAAACACUUACUCCAGGUUAACAAACUUGAAAAAGAACAGGAAUUGAAACAACAGCUUGAAAAUCUGAAUCAAGUUGCAGAAAAACUUGAAGAAAAGCAUAAUCGAAUCACAGCACUGGAGAACCUUGUAGAGAGGAUGGAAAAGGAAAAGAGCACACUGCUAGAAAGAAAACUGUCUUUGGAAAACAAAGUGCUGCAACUCAAAUCCAACACUACCUAUGCUAAAAGUUGCCAGGAUCUUCAGAAGGAGAUCUCCCUUCUCCAGGAGCAGAUCUCACACCUGCAGUUUGUGAUUCACUCCCAACACCAGAACCUGCGCAGAAUCAUCCAGGAGUUGGAAGGAUUAAAAAAUAAUUUAAAAGAACAAGAUAAAAGAAUUGAAAGUCUGAAAGAAAAAGUUAACAUACUGGAAGCCCAGAAUAGAGAACUAAAAACCAAGGUGGCACUUCAGUCCGAAACUCCUAGGACAAUGGCAUCUAAGGCUGUCACUACAAGUGAACUGAAGACAGAAGGCGAUACCCCCUACUUCAUGUUGGCUAGACUACGGAAAUGAGCCGGCUGGCUGAAGACUGAAUGAGAGAGAGCACUACGCGGGUCCCAUUUAUUCCUUGAAACACAGUCCAAACUUACGUGUUAAAAAUGGCUCAGUGCCAGUAUUUCAUGGAAUUCAUUAUAUACCAACAACUUUGCAGGAAGAUGACAUUCCAGGAAUCAAACAAAUAUUUAUUUGAGGGAAGGAAAUCUCUCUUCAAAACUUAAUAAAUGGGUAAAGAAACCAGGUGCUUUGCAAUGAUGGAAGAUGAAUUUUGUUCUAAAAUUUUUUAAAUUGGAAUCUUUCUCGCAGGUUUUUGCUGAAGAGAGCAGUUAAGGUUGUCAACUUUGACCUUUCAAUAGGUGUUUUAUUUAUAUAAGUUGAAGGAAGAGUUUGAAUAUGUAUGAAUAAAGGUUAUGUUUCAAAGUUGACUUUUGAAUAAUAAAAAUAUCUUAAGAUUUAAGGUCAUCUUCUGACCAUUGUUAAUGGAACAGUUAUUCUCCACUGAAUUAUGGGCAGGGGGAGAUUCUUUCUAGCUCACUCCCCAACACACACAACCCUCUCAAAUUGAGAAUCAUGGCUACCUCACUACACCUGAGGAAACCGCUGUCUGUAGUUGGGAUUGGAAGUUGGUUGCUAAAGGCAAUGCCCCUCCCCCACAUAGAUACAAAGGAAUGCACUUUUUGACUCUGCUUUUGUGACUAAUUUUCUUUUCAAUAGUCAUUAUAUUAACUAAGUAAUGUUGUUAGCUCAUACCUCCAUAAAAAUAUAUGUACAAUGAGUUCAAAGGAGCUGUGGCUGCUGCCUGCAGCCAAAAAUUCAAAUUCAUGAAUUAAAAUCAUAUUUCUAGUGCUUUUGUGAAAGUGUGCUUGAAUUUUGGUACAUACAUUCAUUACAGGUGGAGCUCAUGAUUACUGUGAGCAAAACCAAACUCUGACUUGCAGAAAUGCAAACAUAGUGACACUCAACAAAGCAGAAAAGCAGAAUGUGCGUUGUCUAAAGGAAUAAUGGGAGGCCUUCGCCACCCUACAGGUUGAAUGGCUUUAAGCCUUUUGGUCAUCCUCUCUGGUGUAUAACUAUAACCAUUUUCUCAGGAAAGAUGCUUAAAGCCUUUCAAUGUAGAGCGUGGAAUACCAGUAUUAUCUAUGAAAUAUUUAAAGGCAUGAACAAAUGAGGUGCAGUAAUAGAUUUAUAUAUUCAUCAAAGUACUGUAACCCUUGGAAUGUUACAUAGCUGUGCAGUAGAAGAAUUUACCUUUCACUCAGAGAUGAUGUAAUUUUCUCUUACCCAUCAAUCAUCAGGCUGGAUUGUAGUAAAUAUAGGAUUGUGAAUGAACCCAUCUAACUGAUCUAACAGCCUAGAUGGUUUCCAUUAGAAAAAUGUAUUCUAAAGUCAAAAAUGGAGACUGUUCAAUUUCAUUUUGGUUUAACUAUAUUCAUUUUUGAACACAGAAGUACAGAUAGGACUUUCUUAUGGGGUAUCCAGGUUCACUUUGGAAUGAAUGGUCUUUGGAUCUGUGUCUAUAAAUAAUCAGGUUCAGGAAUCUAAAAAGAUCUGAACUCUUCAAACACAAAAGUAUUAUUUUAGUAGCAUGAGUAGGAUUAUUUAUUUGUCAUAUAUCAAUUAUUUCCUGUAGCCUAAUUUAAACUUCUAUCAUUUGAAAUAUUUUUUAAAUAAACGUUUCUGAGUCAUAAAACAAAUGAUUGCAGUGGAAAACUUUUUUAGUCUAAAAGUAGUUCCACAUAGAAAAUACACAGCAAGAAACACUAGCUCAGUUGAAGUCAAAAUAAUUGUACCUACAGUAAUUAAUAUUGGAUAAGAAGUUCUGAGGUGAGCCUUGAGGUGAAUCCAUGAAAGUAGGACGUGAAAAGAAAUUGUUUCACUCUGAUUACAUAUAGUGUUACAAUUUAUUAUUAAGAAAUAUUUAAACAAUUGAUAUAGCUUUUGAAUAAUUGCCUGUACCUUACAAUAGAGAAACUGAUGUUAUUGUUUGUAAAAAAUGUUUCUUUGAUCAUUAAAAUUAUGCAUAAAUGAAUUGACUACUCUUUAUUUGAUUGUUCAUGAUAAUACAAUUAAUACUAAAUUGAUUGUUUUUGUCAGUAAAAAAGAUUUAGAUAACUCCCUGAAUUUUCUGCUAAUUCGUCCUGGAUCCAAAUCAAUGACAAAAGUAAUCUAUCAUUUUAUAUUCUACACUGGAAAAAAAGGUAGCAUUAUGAAAUUAAGGACACAAACUUCUAAAAUUCUUUCAUAUUUCUUCACUUUGAAAAUCCCUAACUCUCCUCUGACCAGCAAAUUAUUAUAGUAUCCUUAUUAAUAUCAAAAUAAGGAUCUAAUUCACCAAUAACUG